AUGAUGGUCUCGUCAGGAGAUUCAGUAGAAAUUGAGCAAAUUCGGGCCGAUGUGCCUGAUCAUGAGAACACCUCCGACUCUGAGGAUAUUCAAAAAAUCGAGAAGCUUAAAGCUGAAAAUAGAUUAAUGAACGAUGAGAAUGUCGAAAUCAAAGAAGAUUCGAAUGAAUCGAACGGCGGGAUGCAAGAAGAAAGUCCAAAAUCGGAAGGCCCUGAAAAGAAUGGUGUGACGAAUGGUUGCACCAAUGGUGCAUCACACAUUAAUAAUAACGAACAAACCAAUGAUGGAGUAUGUGAUGAAAAACCUAAAAAUGGAAGUACGAAUUCUAAUGAUGUUGACAACGAUAUAGAAGAGAUUGUUAUCGAUGAGGAUGUGAAAAAACCUGAGGAAAAUGUUGUGAAUAAACCAUCGACAUCUAAAGAAAAUGAACUAAAUAAUAGUGAAAAUAAAAGAAAAGCUGUUGAAGUUGAAUGUAUAGAACUCGAUGAUGACGACGAUGAUGUUUCUGCAAAGUCUUCAGCACCUCCUCCAUUCAAAAAAAUAAAGCCUAGUGAGAGUACAGACGACGAUGAAGAUAUCAAAGUAAUUCCAAAGCAUACUGAGGAAAAGAAGAAAGAACCGGAAUUGACCUCCCCAGAGGCACUUUUAAAUAAAUUAGAGGAAUAUGUAACGAAGGCUAUCGAUGGAAAUGUUCAAACUGGUCGAAAGCUUCUAGAUGCUCUACUCAAUGCUAUUAAUGUCCAAGUUCAGCGCGAACCAUUCAGUGUUCGAAAAUUGAUUCUUGAAAAGAAGCUCGUGCUACCAAACACAAUAUCUUUCCCACCGAGUCAAGUUGUCGACUUGCUCAUUGAGCAUGAUCCAGACAAUCCCCUCAAUAAGGUGAUUAACAAAAUGUUUGGCGAAGAGCGUCCGAAAUUGAGCGAAGCCGAACGAAAAGAGAGACAAGCGAUCAAGGCGAAUAAUCCGGUUCCGGGAUUCACCAAGCUUCUUAUGGAUAUCGGACAGGAUUUAGUGCAAGAGUCGACCUAUUGCGAUAUUGUGCACGCUAAAAACUUGCCAGAGACUCCAAAGAAUGUCGAGACUUAUAAGCAAGUGGCACAACAGUUGAAGCCAGUCUGGGAGACACUCAAACGAAAAAAUGAACCCUACAAAUUGAAAACAGCAAGAUGCCAUCUAUGCGGAUUCCAAUCAGAAUCAAGGCUUGUUAUGUCGCGACAUAAAUCAACAUUGCAUCAUAUUGGUUCGAAGUUCCAAUGCACAUUCUGCAAAGAGAUUGACACGAAUGAGCAAAGAAUGCUCGAUCAUUACCUCGAUGCUCAUCUCAUUGUGGCCAUCAAAGAAGAAAAGGAGGCGAAGUUUCCAUGCCCGAUAUGUGAGGAAGAUUUCAACUUCAAGGGUGUUCGCGAGCAGCAUUACAAGCAAUGCAAAAAAGAUUACAUUCGUGUGCGAAAUAUCAUGGCACCUAAAGCGGAUGACAUAUUACAUAUUAAUCGAUGGCUUUGGGAGAAACCACCCGUUGAUCCAACAAUUCUGCAGCAGCAACAAGCACAACAGGCAAAGAAGCACUCGCAAGCUGCUCAACAAAUGCAGGCGAUUCGAGCAAAACAGUUGCAAGCACAACAGAUGUUGCAGCAGAAACAAUUGGCAUUAUUGAAGCAGCAGCAGCAGCAACAACAACAGCGACAGUUCCAACAAUUGCUCCAGCGGGGACUAAAUUUGAGCAAUUUGAGCAACAAGAGCUUUUUAUCUGUUAUUCAAAAAUUAAGUUCAUCUGGAAAUGUGGCGCAACAAGCACAUAUGGCUGCUCUCAUUCAAAAACAAAUUGCCGAAGUUGCGAAACAAACUCCAAACUUGCAAGCAUCGUUGGCUGCAGCUGCUGCUGCCCAGCAAAGGGCUCCUAAAACACCAGUUGCACCAACGAAGAAACCAACUCCAAUAACUCCAGCAAAUUCGGUUGCUUGUGAGAUUUGCGACCAAUCAAUAAUUGACAAAGACCGCUAUUUGGCACAUUUGCAGUGCAUGCACAAACAAAUGAUUGGAAAGAAUGUGUCAGACAUGUCGCAAGGAGCCCCACUUGCAUGCAGUCGGUGUCGGUUUAGAUUCUGGACAUAUGAGGGACUCGAAAGACAUUUGGUUAUGUCACAUGGCUUAGUUACUGCUGAUUUGUUGCAGAAAGCCCAGAAGAAAGAAGAUGGAGGAAGAUGCAAACUGUGCGGGAAGCAAUACGCUUUCAACAUGUUGCAACAUUUGGUUGCUGAUCAUCAGGUCAAAUUGUGUUCUGCCGAAAUCAUGUACUCAUGCGAUGUUUGUUCAUUCAAGUGUACAAGUUAUCAGACGCUUGAAGCGCAUUUGACAUCAAAUCACCCAAAGGGCGCCGCAACGGAUAAGAGUUCCAAUUCGAAAAAAGACGACUGCAUUGUAUUGGACGAGUAA